CCAUAAUUCACAGCGUGACAGAGGCGGGAAGAUGUUAGGCCUACUUUGUAAAACGAUAGAAAAGUUGCUUUUAUAUAACUAAAGACGGUUUUAACGAAAUAAUUAAAACGAUAUUAGUAAAGGUUUUUGUUGCGAAAACAAAGUAUGCAAAACUACAGAAGAAAAAGUUUUAAUAGAAAUGGAUAUAUAUUCAACACGAUAGUUGUUUGUAUUUAAUUACUGUUGAAAAUGGACAUAUUAUUCUUGUUGGAUUGUGUUUCUCCUUGUGUAUCAUAUUGAAUAUUUUAUGAAUGCAAAAGUGAUAGUGACAACAGAACUUUCAGAAUUAUCUGGAAGAAAUGAAUAUAACACAGAUAAGCAUCAUUCACAUUGUCGUGACAUUCUGUCGGCACAUGUAUCUGGACGCAUUACAAAUACCAACAUGAAUGAUAUGCCAUCUGAAAGUUAUCAGAAAUCAUUAGUGCUAGAAAACUGGACAUCCAAUAUUGAUGUAGAAUGUCCUAGCACUGAAACUCAGUCUUGCAGAAGCGAUGGCACAUGUUCUGAAAAUAGUUUGCAUUUUCUUCGUUUAUCUUCUGAUUCUGAAGAUUCAGUAAUAAAUGACGAUAACACAUGUGAUAUUUUUGAUAAUGAAUGUAGUCGUGAUACAAUUAUGUGCAUAGAUAAAAUUGAUUCUAACAAAAACGAAAAUUUAUACGACAAACUAACAAUAAAAAGUGUUGAAGAGAGCUCGGAAGAAAAUGAAACCACUUCUUCGUUAACUGAUGUAAAUAAUUGGCAGGAGUUGUUUCAAAUAAAUCAUGAAGAUCAACAUAUAUCAAGUAACUGUUCAAUGCCAAUGAAAGAUACUUUAAACAGAGCAACUGUGGUGAAAUUAACUCCUCUUAAAGAUAAUAAUGUAAAUAAUUUUAAACUAGAAGAAAAUUAUGAUAAUCACAUUCAGAAUUUUCCAGAAAAUUAUAAGUAUGAAAUCAAGGAAGAAUCUUAUUUAUCGCCAAAAUUCAGUUGUGAGAAACUUGUGCAAGAAAAUAAAACAAGAGUUUCAAAUUAUAAGUCACAUUAUUGUCUAAGAAAAAAGGAAAGUAAUAUUAAAAAUAUUGUCAAAAGAAAAUAUUUUAUCAAAAGAAAAAAAUCGUUUUAUUCAAGCCAUCACAAAUUUCCAUUUAAACAUAAAAACAAAAGAAAGAGAAGGAAGGGAAUUCAACAAAGAUGUAAGCAUGAAAAAGAUUCUGAAGACCAUAAUUAUUCUUGCACAAAAGCAUUUGAAUUGAAUCUAAUACAGUCUACAUCAUCAUCAUUUGAAGAAACUUGUAGUAAAAUAUUUGAAAAUCUUUCUGAAAACAAAUCACUAAUGCAAAACUGUGAUGUUAAAUUAUCAGAAAAUUCAUUAACUAAAAAAACAAAAAAUGAAACUGAAGAUAAGGCUAGUUUUAAACUUAUUUUGGAUAGCAGUGAGACAUCACCUAAAUCACUUGGAGAAAGACAAAUGCCAAUUUUAAUUACUUAUGAUGACGACAACAUUGAAGAAUGUUCUCCUAGUUCUCCCCAAAUGCCUACUUUAAUUCCAUUUACAUCUGAAAACGAACAUCCGCUUGUAGUAUUCAAUGAUGAUUACACAUCUAAUUAUCAGUGUAAGCAACAUUUACCCAAUGAAAAUUCAUUUUAUAAUGUUACCGUAUCCCAUAAAGCUUUAGCAUCGUCAUCGUCAUCUCGUAAUGAAAAUCAAUGGUCACACACCAAUGAUUGCUUUUCUUUCAGAGAAAAAAGUGAUUAUCGUUAUAUUAAUAAAUUCUCGAGGAAAGCACGUAAAUCAUUUCCAAGAGCUAGGUGUUGUAAAGAAUUAAAUUUUUUAAAUAGUGCAAGAACUAGUGGUACUUCAAACUUUAAUUCCUGUAAUUCAGACAUUAAUUCUGAGAACAAAAAUCAAAGAUUACAAAGUAGUCCAAAAUUUCAACCUGUUGUACUUUUAGAAAGGAUUAAAUCUGAAUCUCCUACAAAACACCCAGAUAAAGAACCGUUAAUGCAUUGUGGAGAAGAGUUCUAUAAUUAUUUUAAUUAUUCUACUAACACAAUUAAUGAAAUUAACGAUCCUGAAAUUGAUGUAAUAGACGGUGUUGAAUUUUUUAGUUUUGUUUCUGAACAAAAUUUACAAAGAUUUGUGAAGACCAACCAUAAUUUACAUUCAGAUAGUAAUAAUAACAAUUGUAAUGAAUGUGAAAAUCAGAAGACAAAAGGAGCUAUUGUUCCAACUAAGACAAAUGAUAUUACUAGAAUUAAAGGCUGGAGAAAUAAAUUGUUUGUACAGGAACCUUGUCCCCCACCUCCAAGUUACAUUUCUUGGGAACAUUUAAUACAUAAAGAUUUAACCAGUGAUCAAGGAUUAAACCCAUCAUCUGAUACAAAAAAUGAAACCUUACAGGAAGAUGAAAAGGUCAAGAUCUCAAAAUUAAAUGGACAAAAUGAACCACAUUAUAUACAAAAUUGUUCAACAAGUAAAUCCGAAGAGAAAAGCAUAUUAAAGGAUACAAAAACUCAUACCGAAACCAAAACUAAUAUUGAAAAAACUUUAGAACAGACUGUUAGCAAAUCUUCUAGGUCAGCAUUCAUGAGUAAUAUAUUAGACGAUUUCUUAAAAACAAGAUCAAAACUCAGUAUUAACAUGUUAACACAAUAUAAUCCAAAUAUAUUAUCUAUUCCAGAGAAUUCACCAAUUUUAUCAGUGGGUUCUCUGAGAAAGUCUGACGAAUCAUCGCCAUCAGAAAUGAGAUAUUCAAAUAAAGAAAAUAUGAGUAGUUAUAAAGUUGCAAGGAUGGGAAUUAAUAAAAAAAUUACUAAAAAGAAUGAAGAUCAAAUUACAUCAGAAAUUCCUAAUGAGAAGAUAGUGUUAUCGCAAAAGUCUGAAAUUUCCUCAAAUGGUAAUAUAAAACAGAAAGAUGCAAAAAGUAAUAUCAGCUAUAAAAAUAAAAUUAAUGCUAAGUCUACUUUAAAGCAGACAAGAGUUAGAGAGUCACCUAUGGUACACGAUAACACACAAACUUGUACAAAGAUUGUACAGAAAUUAAAAAGUAAUUAUAGUGAUAUCACUGAAGAUGAUAUUUUAAAAUCAAAUGAUAAAGCUGUAAUAUCAUUAUUGAAUAAUAAAUUACUUUUAAUUCAACAAACAUUAUGGAAUAAUGAAAUCGAUGAUUAUAAGAAAGUAGUGCAAUUUUUGAAUAAAGUAAAUGUAGAAGAAGCUAAUUGUAUAUACAGUGAAAAAGUACAAGAAUCAUUUCCAAUAAUAGAAGAGUCAGUUGCUGAAGAAGCCGUAAAAACUUUGAUUACCUCAGAAACUUUAAAUAUCUGUAAAAAUCCACAAACCAUUUUACAGUGUGGUAAUCAGACUAAAAAUAUGCAUUUAUCAAAGUCCAAAUCUGAAAAUAAAAGUUUUGUUGAGAAAAAGGAAAUUUUAACAAAGUCAAAUAAUAAAUACAUUCCAUGUGAAAAGUCAAGAAUUUCUAAAAAAUUAGAACAGACGCAGGCCACUAGAAGUAAGAGAUUAAUCAGAUUACCUGCAAGAUAUAAAGAUUCGGCUGUUUCAAUUACAGGAAAUGAAUUGUGGGAUUCUUCGUAUCCUUUUGAAGAAAAUAAACAAAAGAUAAAACGGAAAUCAGACUGUGGUGAUAGCAGAAAUUUGAUUUCUAAGAAAGUUUGUAUACCUCAAAACAACAGAAAAAGUAAAUUACAACAAAAUAAAACAUUAAUUAGUUUAUUAGAAAAUAAUUAUUCCUCCUUAUAUGAAAAAUAUUCAUUUAGUAAAGACCAAAAUAGUAAUAACACAAAAGUUAAAGAUUUUGUUAGGUCUGUUGUUCCUACAUCACAAAAGUUAGAAUCUGUAUUUACUGAAGAUUGUUUGAGCAAUAACAAAAAUGAUCUUAUUACCUCAAGAAAAAAUUCAGAUCCCUUAACUACAUCUCUAUUGACAGAAAAAACAGACGUUCAGUUUGGUCAAGAUGGUAAAUGUACGUCACAUCAGUACAGAGUAGAAAAGAAUAAAGUAACAGUUAAAAAUAAUUCUCAUAUUUUUGUAAAGAAUGAAAAUGCGAAAGUGAGUCCAGUCUUAUACGAAAUAGAUUGUAAAGAUAUACUAUCAAAUAACCAAACUACAGAAUUAUUACAAGCUUCAAAUGUACAAAAGACUGAAAAUGCCAAUAAUCAAAAUUUUCAGAUUUUAAAUGUUACCGUAUCGGAUACUCAAGAGAAUCACGUGAAAUUAAAAAAUAGCACUCAUUCUGAUACCCCAAAUAAUGAUAAAUCAUUAAUGUUGAAUGUUCUUGUUGGAAACAAAGUAGUGCCAAUGAAAUUGGUUCCAUUUUCUGUUUCACCUAUUAAUGUUGUUGACAAUUCAGAGCCAGCAGUUAAAACCCAAUUUUUGUUACCUCAAACUGUUCCUCAGUUACAAACAGUACCAAAUAAUAUAGCUACAGACCUUUCUAAUGGAGCAUUUAAUUUGCUGCAACCACUCAGUAAUACGACAGAUAUAAGCAAGGAAUAUAAUAAUCCAUGUAGAAUUGGAAAUCAUAAGACACAACAGGAAAUUUUUAUUCAAAAUCAAUUUCAAAAGAACAAGGAUUCAGUCCCAAUUAUGACACAGACAACAACUCAUUUAAAUGCAGUAACAAAUUCUCAUAUAAAUAAUAAUUCACCUCCGAAUGGUAAUUUAAAUUCUUUUGAAGUUCAAUUGCCAAAGAAUAAGUGGCAACUGCAAAACACGAAACUUAUUUUACAAAACAAAGAAUCAAGUAACGUCGAUAAUAGUAAUUUUGUAUAUACGCCUGUUAGUUCUAAAGAAAAUCUGAAUUCAGUUCCUUCAAAUUCAUUAUUCACUGAAAACUCAAAUAUUUCACUUAGCAAUAGUAACGAAACUAUUGACAGAAUAAAUUCAAAUCAUGUGUCUUUUAUAAACCAAUCUAAAAGUUUCAGAUUUGAAGGAAAUGGUAAUGUAGAUGAAAGUUAUGUCAGAAAUUUUCACUCAAAUAAUAACGAUAAUAAUCAUUGUAACGACAACAAACAGUUUAUAUAUUGUAAGGAAUACAAUGAUACGGACAAUAAAAGGACAGAAAUUCAAAGUUGCGACGAUUUGGAGAUAUUGGAAAAUUCUAAUGUCAAAUUAAAGUCGGAUCGUGCAAGAAAACAAACUAAGACGUGUAAUUUAUUAUGCUGUAACGACGAGAGAAAAAUAAGAAGAGAAAAAUGUCACUUUCAGAGGGAAGAGAGAAAAAUUCAUGUGCACAAAAACCAGAAAUUUACUAACAGUGAUAUAGUUCACAGCUGGAGCUUUUCUGAUAAACAGCAUGAUUCUUGCAGUUCUGAAGAAGAUAAUAUGUUAGGUAAUGGAGUAAAAGAUGGAGAAAGGAGGAAAUUAAAUGAUUUGUUGGAUACUCUCUCAUCAGACUUGACUUCACCUUCGAGGGAAGUACUUGAAAAAUAUUCAACAUCAGAUAUAUUACAUACGGCUGCAACUCAUGUCAAUAAUUUAACAAGUACUUUUCAUCAAUUGGAAAGAGAGAGACAAGAAUUGAAAGCAACAAAGAAGAAUCUGUUAAAGAAGUAUAUUGCAUUAAUGAAUGGAUUACCUGGAAAAGGAAGAACUUUUCAGAAGAUAAAUAAAGAAAUUAAAGAUAAAAUUGCUUUGAACAAUAAUAAGGAAUUUAUAAAAGUUUCUGAAGAGAAUUCAGGGAAAAUAAUGUCACUGAAAUUUACUAGCGAAAGAUUAGCAUCACUCAAAUCCUGUAAAAAUGAAACAAAUAACAAGAUUCUUAAGGAAAGUCACGAAAGUAAACCAAAAGUUGAUUUUAAUCAGCUUUUGGCAGCUGCCGGAGAAAUCUGUGGUCCUUGUGUAGUGAAACGUGUUCAGUUGAAGAAUGGUCAGACUGUGUACGUGUAUAAACCGUUGUCAGAAAACGAUCAUUCGGAAUCGAAGUGUACAGAAAACGAUAGCAUUCAGACUAGAAUUGGUGUUAGUGACAAUCCGGAGUGUACGAGAGAAAUAUUUGUUAAUAGUGAAAACUUGACUGUUCCUCUUUCUCAAUUAAGUGAGAAUUUACUUCCGGCAAUGCAACAACAAAUUCCUUCUCCUACAUGUAAAGAGUUUAGCAUUGCGGAAGACGCGGACAAUAAUAAUUCGACCACAUUAUGGUUGACCGGAAACGGCGAACCCUGUUACGUGACAAAACUCUCCCCGGAACAAAACGUAGACUGGAACGAAGAUUCGCCUACUAUUUCAAGCUUUAAGAAAGAGAGCGAAAACAUUUCGGACAUUAUUAAUUGUACGACAAACGGCAAAGAACACUUACAAGAAUUGGGAAAUAUUCAGAACAUUAAAGACGAACAAAAACUUCUAUCAUUGAAUUAUUUUUUUUGAGAGUCAUCGUUUACCAAAGAUUUCAUCUUUUGUUCACGAAACUUUGACAAGGAAACUGUCUCCGAAGACGACUAUAUAUAUAUUUGUUUUGUCAAGUGUACUUGAAUAGUUUUUCUUUGUUUUAUUUUGUUUAUCUUCAGCUACCUCAUGUUGAAAAUGAUGUGUGAUUACUUUUAGAGGUAAAUGGGACAAGAAAUAUCUAUAUAUUAUAUAUAUGCCAUUAACAGGACGACAAUCACGGUUCAUUUAGUUUUAUAAGAUUUGUUUCCU